AUGAAGUACCUCGCAGCCUACCUCCUCCUCAACCUCGCCGGCAACGAGCAGCCCUCUGCCGAGGACGUCAAGUCCGUCCUCUCCUCCGUCGGUGUCGACGCUGAGGGUGACCGUCUCGAGAAGCUCAUCUCUGAGCUCUCCGGCAAGAACAUCCAGGAGGUACGCAUACGUCCGCCGACACGCAAAUUCUUCUCGUUCGCACGCGCAAUACUCACACACCCUACANNGCUGAUCACCGAGGGUUCCGCCAAGCUCGCCUCCGUUCCCUCCGGUGGUGCCGCCGCCGCUGGUGGUGCUGCCCCUGCCGCUGGUGGCGCCGCCGAGGCCGCCCCCGCCGAGGAGAAGGCCGAGGAGAAGGAGGAGUCCGACGACGACAUGGGCUUCGGUCUCUUCGACUAA